AUGCUUGAGGUGCUUCUCACUGCAGUUCCAGCACUCUGCUGGCUUCUUUGCAGAUGCUACCAUCUUCUUCAGACACCGCUGGCUACGCUUUUCCAGAAACUCAAUAUAGACAUUCCUCAUGCUCCACAGGUGACCAUCGACUCGCUUGGAGAGGACUAUGUGAUUCUUCAUUGGGAUACGGAAACGGCUUCUGAGAAUAUUUAUUAUGUGGUGCUUUUGAACGGACGUGAAGCGGCCACGUUGGCUGGGAAACUGAUCAAACUCUGUGGGCUUCAGCUGGCUCACAUGUACCUGGUUCGGGUUUUGGCGGUCAACGCUGCUACAAACUUUAGAUCUCAGAGUGGCGCUGUUUACGUGACGACUACGGAUUCAAAGGUGGAUUUUGAUGAUAUCAAUGAAACGCCUGGAUGGGCGGUUUCGUCGUGGACGGAUAAUAUGGAGAUCAGUGAAAAGGAUGCCCAAGUGUCAUACGACCCUAACGAUUCCAGCCCAGAGCUGUUGCGCCGCCAAAUUAGGUCUCAUCAGCUUGAGUUGCAUAGAACGAAAGCUGAUAUGGCGGCUUUUGCUCUUUUCCAGCAAACUGAGAUGCUGCUGCUUCUUAGAAGCUAUAACGAGUAUAAGUAUGUGUUGAGUGAAGAGCACGAGCAGAGAGGCCGCAAGGAUCUGGACGUCAAGGAGCUUGAAAAGAAGAAGGACUCUUUGACGUUUGAAAAGCUUAAACUUCUGAAACAGCUUCGUAACCACCGCUCCCAUAAACUGAUCCAUAAAGCUAGUUUGGCUGAACUACGGUCCCGUGUGACGAAACUUGAGGAGAAGAAACAUCAUGUUUUGAAUACUGCUGACCUGGAACGUGCUCGUGUGAAGACUACUGUCGAACAGCUCCACCGGGAUAUCACUGAACUUAAGGAACAGUUGACCCAAUUGGAGAACAACUCUAAACAGCUUAAUGGCGAAAGAAAGGAUUUGAGCCAUCAGGUUAACCUGUUGAAACCACUUGUGGAUCAGUUCACUGUGUUUAACCCUCAACCUACUGGUGAAACUUCACCUAACGGUUCUCAAACCAGUCUUUCUAGUGUGUUUGAAGUGUUCACUAGAGAUUCGCUUUUAACUAAAGGUGGUGCUGAACUAUUGAAGAGACUCACCACUCUCCGUCCUGAGUGGGAGGGAGAUAUCAAUAGAGAGUUUGAGGCUCUUACUGCAUUAGAACUGUCCUGGAAAUCUGCCUACAGAAAUGCCAUUCGCAAGUUCGUCAUGAUCCACAACAAUGCUGAAGUUGCUCGUGCUUCGGCUAAUCCAGGAUACCAGCCACAGAAGAUCACUGAGUACCAGGCCAGCGUGGAGUUUGGAGGAUUCAGUAAUGCUUUGCCUAAAUCGAGGCCACCUAAAGUCUACACUUUCAUUGAUGAGCAUUCACCAGCACCAGACUCACCAGCUUCAGGUCCUGUCUCUCCACCCAUUCCUGAAACUGAGAGAAUGGCUCCUUUCUACAGCAGAGUCUACGAUGAGCAUGAUAAUAACCUGGGAAGCUUGGUUUCGGAAGCUCCUCCCAUGGCUAGAGACUACUCUGAGGCCUCGAGAAACAUGGAGGUUCCAGACAUCAUGGCUAGAGACUAUUCUGAAGCUCCUAGAAAUAGAGAUAUCCCUGAUAUCAACAUGGGCAGAGACUAUUCAAUGUCACAAAGCAACAGUCUCAAUGUGCCUAUGAUGGCUUCUUCGUCCUCGCUUGCCCAGAACCAACAGGCUAUGGGGUACAAUUCGGGCCAUCAACAGAGUUUCUCACAGUCAAGUCUUCCGCUGGCCAAUCUUGGAAACAACCUUAACCAAGGCAUGAACGUGCCAUUGGAACCUUCGGUUUCAGGCUCGCUGAUUCAGGCCUCAUUGCUUGGACCACUGUUGCAAAACCAAGACUCGCUUCUGCAAUUUCUGUUCCCACUCCAGUCCAACUUACAGCCUGGAAUGCAACAAGACAGGUCUCACCAUUUGCAAUCCAACUUGAAUGAUUCCCUUCAGCCUGGAUUGCAACAAAACCUUCAGCAGAUGCAAUUCUUGUCGGGUCUUCCUUACGAAGAUCAAAUGUACGGAAUGAGAUCGCCUACUCCUGAAAACCCACCAUUUGGAUCGUCUACCCAGCAGUCCAUUCCAUCUUUGUGGAAUACUCCAGGUACUUCUUCAAACGCUCCUGGCAAUACCAACACUGGUGGAUUCUUAAAUUCAAGGCAAUACCCUAAGCAAAUGUCGCUUUCGCCAGGUCCUAUGAACACAGAGUUGUCGCCAUCCCAGUCCAUUGUAUCCCAGCCCAACGAUGCCUUACUUGAUUCCCUUUUACUUUCCAACAACUCACAACUCCCAGGAAGCUCGUUGUCUGGAAACUUACCACUGAAUAUCUGGCUGGACAGACUCAACCCUGGCCUUUCCAACCAUGGCAGAGCGCUUUCUGGCGGAAACCAUAUCUGGAGAAAUGAUGUUCCAAGCGGGAUGAUUUCCCCAGAUUUCCAGCCAUUCCAGUCCAGAAAGAAAGAGCGUGACGAUUCCGACGAUAUCCAGCUGUUAUAG